GAGUCCAAAGCGGCCGACGUUACGCUUUCCUUGACGUCGUGGCGAGAUCGUUAGCUCCGCAGGGACCCGGACGCGACCAAGGGGAGGCAGAAGGCAGGACUACAGCAUACAUGAAUAUAGUUACAAAAUCAAGAAGUUUGCAACUACUGGGAGCUGACAAAGCAAAAACAAAAGCGAUUCUGUGAAAAUACAACUGUUUUUAGAAUAUCCUAAGCUAUUAUUUUAUGUUCAAGGGAAGAUUGCUUAAAAAAAAGUAAGAAGUUGCUUCUGUAAAUUAAAUGUGAUUUCUCUUUGGAGCAAGGAGGAUAUCCUGGAUUGAGGGUUGACAAGAGGUCUGUGCACAGAAUGUGAGAUCCACUGGGACAGGGACUGGAUUUAUUAUCUUCCUCACACCUAGAACCAUGCCAAUUGAGGACUCUGCACUUGUCCAAGAGAAGAAUCUAAAGAAAUCAGAGCAGCCCAGGUAGUUCUGAAAGCCAUGGCACAGGGGUUGGUAACAUUCAGGGAUGUGGCCAUAGAGUUUUCUCAGGAAGAAUGGAAGUGCCUGGAACCUGCCCAGAGAAACUUGUACAGGGAUGUGACUCUGGAGAACUUCAGUAACUUGGUGUCACUAGGACUUUCCAUUUCUAAGCCUGACCUCAUUUCCUUACUGGAGCAAGGGAGAGAACCCUGGAUGAUUGCAAAUGAUAUGACAGGACCAUGGUGUCCAGAGCUGGAGUCCAGGUGUGAGAAAUUUCCACAAAAAGAUAUUUUUGAAGUAGAGUCAUUCAAUUGGGAGAUCAUGGAAAGCCUUAAAUGCUGUGAUUUUGAGGGCUCCAAUUUUGGAGAUGACUGGGAGUGCAAAGGCCAAUUUGAAAGACAACGAGUAACUCAGGAAUGCUGUUUCAAGCAAGUAAAAAUCACAUAUGAAAACAUGCCCACUUUUGAGCAUCAUACAUCCCUCACUUUACAUCAGAACAAUGAGAUUGGUGAGAAACUGAUCGAAUGUAAUGAGUGUGGGAAAGCAUUUAGCCGUGGCUCACACCUUAUUCAGCAUCAGAAAACUCAUACUGGUGAAAAACCAUUUGACUGUAAGGAAUGUGGGAAGGCCUUUAGUCGUGCCUCACACCUUGUUCAACAUCAGAGAAUUCAUACAGGUGAGAAACCUUAUGAUUGUAAGGAAUGUGGGAAGGCCUUUGGUCGUACUUCAGAACUUAUUCUACAUCAAAGACUUCAUACUGGUGUCAAACCCUAUGAAUGUAAAGAAUGUGGAAAGACCUUUAGACAGCAUUCACAACUUAUUCUGCAUCAAAGAACUCACACGGGUGAGAAACCCUAUGUAUGUAAAGACUGUGGGAAGGCUUUUAUUCGUGGCUCACAACUUACUGUUCAUCGGAGAAUUCAUACGGGUGCGAGACCCUAUCAGUGUAAAGAAUGUGGGAAAGCCUUCAGACAGCAUUCACAGCUUACUGUCCACCAGAGGAUUCAUACUGGUGAGAAACCCUAUGAGUGUAAGGAAUGUGGGAAGGGCUUUAUUCAUAGCUCAGAAGUUACUCGACAUCAAAGAAUUCAUUCUGGGGAGAAACCCUACGAAUGUAAGGAAUGUGGGAAGGCUUUUAGACAACAUGCACAGCUUACACGACAUCAGAGGGUUCAUACUGGUGACAGACCCUAUGAAUGUAAGGACUGUGGGAAGGCCUUUAGUCGUAGUUCAUACCUUAUUCAACAUCAAAGAAUUCAUACAGGUGACAAACCCUAUGAAUGUAAGGAAUGUGGGAAAGCCUUUAUCCGUGUUUCACAACUGACUCAUCAUCAGCGAAUUCAUACUUGUGAGAAACCCUAUCAAUGUAGGGAAUGUGGAAUGGCCUUUAUUCGUAGUUCACAACUUACUGAACAUCAGAGAAUUCAUCCUGGUAUCAAACCUUAUGAAUGUAGAGAAUGUGGGCAGGCCUUUAUUCUUGGCUCGCAGCUCAUCGAACACUACAGGAUCCAUACUGGUUAGAAAGCCUUGAAUGUUAAGGGUAUAGGGAAGCCUUUACAUGGAUUUCACACCUGACUCAAUAUUAGGUAAUGUGUAAUGUAAUGUGAUUAAUGUCAGAAAACCCUCACUUGUCAUUUCCAUUACGGAACAUGGGAUUAUUCCUACCAGAAGAAAAUUCAAUAAAUGGAGGAAUUCUUUUUGCCUCACA